UUGAAUGUGUGUAUUGGUGGUCAUGGCGAGUGACAGCGUUUCACUUUAACCUCACUUAUGUCGCAUAAAUAACAAAUUUCAUGGCUUUUCCACAACCCAACGCCCAGAGAGAACUCGCCAACAGGAAAAUACUCGAGGAUCUCCAACUCAAAAAACAACUGUUGUUGAAACAAGGGGUGGCUUCCACUUUGAAUUCGUCGUCGUUGCCAGUGUUGGGCUCCGCCCCCGUGCAGCAAUCGGAUGGGUAUUCGAUGAGCUCGCUCCAACGCGCCGCCUUGCAGACCGCCAAUGCCCAAUCCACCGGAUACUUCAUCUCUCAAGACUCCUCCUUCGGGAAUUUUAUCCUUCCGGUGCUGCCGCGUUUCGACAAAUAAUGUUUCCGUGCUUGAAACUGAGACACCUGGAAGAGCGGCUUCAGUGCAUUUC